AUGGCUUCCUAUCACCGAGUUCUUGGAGUUUUCGGCAAGUCCGUCAAGGACAAAACGCUGGAGUGCGAUUGUGAUAUUCAUCCAUGGGAAAUCAAAAUCAACGGUGAACAAUGGCCAGGAAAGAUCCGCCUAAUCGGGUUUGUGGAUGUGUUCUUCCUUUUCUCUUACUCGGCCAACGCACGUUUCGAGAAGGGAAUCAUUGUCUACAAGGAAAGGUAUGACCUCGAAAAGCUCCUCCAGCAAAGCGAUGAAGCUCGUGCGGAAGCUGGCGAGAAGACUUCCAAGGAAGAUCUCGAGAAUUCUAGCGAAGAAUAUUCCGAUACUUCUGCUACCCCAGAAACUCUCUUGUCAAGGCUUCCGUGCCAUGAAAGCAAGGAGGGAGUGAUUCAGACUGAAGUGGUCGAACUCGGUCGCGAGACGCCGAGCUCGUCUUCUCAGUCGGAGAUCCAACAAGGCAUGUUGCAUACAGUGUUUCACAUCCGCAAAAGGACAAACCAACCCACAAAGGAUGACAAACGUCUGGACCGUCUAGAGUUUGGAAACACAACAUUGUACAAAGUACGAAGCUUGGGCCACGAGGUGGGUCUCAAAAACCGAUAUCCAGUUUCCUCUAUUCAGGAAUGGACCAUCGAGAUUAACAAACCCUACCAUCGGGCGCUGAGACGACGCAUUAAGCGUGCCAUCAAGGAACACACAACCACCGAGCUCUUGGAAGAUGUGGUCCGAUGUGGGUUUAUCUCACAUGGUCAGAUGGCCGGCCACGUUCUAUCCAAGUACCUCGUGGGUGGUGUUUUGGAUGACACUCUGACGAAGUAUAUCGAGGGAUUGGCGGUGGGAAAUGGAGCUGGAAGGGUGCCACUGGCUAACCAGGGGUACUGA